GAGAGAGGGAGAGAGAAAUGGAGCUUCAACAUUUUAGCCAUCAACAUCUAUUGAUCCUCGGUGAAGUGAACGACGAUGGUGAGGCAAUUGUCUGCAGCGUGUGUUGGGAAAAGAACUCUGGUUCUGCAUUCAGUUGCAAAAAUUGUUUAUUUUUUUUGCACAAAUUUUGUGCUGAAUUUCCAGAGGAGAUGGAACACCCGAUCCACGCCCAUUCCCUUGCGCUCCAACGACCAAAAUUUCAUGUUGAAUUUUGUGAUGUUUGUAAAAAACAUAUAUGUGGAUUCGGCUAUGGUUGUUUGCCUUGCCAUUUUUACGUGGAUAUCAGAUGUAGUGUUAGAGGCCAACAUUUUAGCAGUAAACAUCAGUUGAUGAUCCUCAAUGAAGAUGAGAAGAAUGAUGUUGAUGAGAGGGUUUCUUGCGAUGUGUGUUUGCAGCAGAUCACAGGUUCAACAGCAGCAUACAAAUGCACAAAUUGCUCUCCCUCUAUCUAUUUCCACAAAUUGUGUGCACAACUUCCAGCAGAGAUGGAACAACCAAUGCACCCUGAGCACCCGCUUGCCCUCCUCCAAGUAGUUGCUUGUAAAUUCAGAUGCGAUGGCUGUGAUAUAAGUUUGAAAGAAUUCAUAUAUCGUUGUUCCAUCUGCAAUUUCAACCUCGACAGACGCUGUGCUUUGAGAGCACAAAAGGUUAACCAUGAAAGUCACAACCACCCAUUAAGCCUCGUGUCCAGCUCGGCCUUCCUUCGAAUGUCAUGCUUGUGGCACAAAGCGUGAAGGCAUAUCUUAUACUCCCUCCCUUCCAAAAUAGUAGUCCCUUAAUCUAA